AAAAGAGCAAUUUUGUUGUUGUUGUGUGAUCCAGUGAUAGAUCUGUGAAAUCAAAAAAGCAUUUUUUGCGAGAAUUGGGUCAAUGUCGGUUCCGCCUCGAUUCCGGUCCGUAAAUUCCGAUGAGCGAGAGUUCCGAUCAGUUCUUGGUCCUACCGGGAACAAGCUGCAGAGGAAACCGCCGGGGAUGAAACUGGAGAAGCCGAUGAUAGAGAAGAAGACCAUCAUCGAGUCAAAAGAUGAAGAAAAGAAGAAACCAACUACUCCGGCUUCACCGAGAACGACUUUGAAGCAAUGCUCGUCUCUUUGCUCUUCGAUUUUGAGAAAGAAUAGUGCCUCGAUGACUGCUUCGUAUUCCUCUGAUGCUUCGUCUUCGUGUGAGUCAUCGCCUUUGAGCGUGGCUUCUUCUUCGAGCUGUAAGAAGCUUAUGAGGCGAAGCGGGUCUGUCUCUUCUACAAGGAAGCUGAGUAUUGGGAAAGAAGAGGACAAGGUUGCUGGUGAUUGCUUCGCUGAUGGUCGUAGAAGGUGUGCUUGGAUCACACCAAAAGCUGACCCGUGCUAUGUUGCUUUCCAUGACGAAGAAUGGGGAGUUCCUGUACAUGACGACAAGAAGCUUUUCGAGUUAUUAUGCCUCUCUGGUGCUCUAGCCGAACUCUCCUGGACCGACAUUCUCUCCAGAAGACAGUUACUCAGGGAAGUUUUUAUGGACUUCGAUCCAGUUGCUGUAUCUGAAUUGAAUGACAAAAAGUUAACAGCGCCAGGCACUGCUGCCAUUUCUUUACUAUCAGAGGUCAAGAUACGAUCAAUCCUCGAUAACUCACGCCAUGUGCGCAAGAUUGUAGCUGAAUGCGGAUCAUUUAAGAAGUACAUGUGGAACUUUGUGAACAACAAGCCUACACAGAGCCAAUUCAGGUAUCAGCGCCAAGUCCCCGUGAAGACAUCGAAAGCAGAGUUUAUCAGCAAAGAUCUUGUACGCAGAGGCUUUCGCAGCGUUAGUCCAACGGUUAUUUACUCCUUCAUGCAAGCAGCUGGACUCACGAAUGAUCAUCUCAUAGGAAGAAGCUGGAAAAACUUUUUCUCGUACUUAGGCCCUGGAUUUCUUGUCUCAAUUGCUUACAUUGAUCCUGGAAACUUUGAGACUGAUCUGCAAUCAGGAGCUCAAUACAAGUAUGAGUUACUCUGGAUCAUAUUGGUGGCAUCAUGUGCAGCUUUGGUGAUUCAAUCUCUCGCUGCAAAUCUUGGUGUUGUCACUGGAAAGCACUUAGCAGAGCAUUGCAGAACUGAAUACUCCAAAGUUCCAAACUUUAUGUUAUGGGUAGUUGCAGAAAUCGCUGUAGUAGCUUGUGACAUUCCAGAAGGCAUGAGGUUUUUUGCUGCAGUGAUGAUGUUGAUGGGAGUCUUCUCAUUCUUAAUCGGAACGGCAUUUGCUUUAAACAUGCUUUUCAAUAUCCCGGUUUGGAUUGGUGUUCUUCUCACAGGACUUAGUACAUUGAUUCUUCUAGCACUUCAACAAUAUGGGAUUAGAAAGCUCGAGUUCUUGAUCGCGUUUCUUGUGUUCACCAUUGCCCUAUGCUUCUUUGUUGAGCUUCAUUACUCAAAGCCAGACCCAAAAGAAGUCCUCUAUGGUCUCUUUGUUCCUCAGUUAAAGGGUAAUGGUGCAACUGGUUUAGCGAUCUCUCUCCUUGGUGCCAUGGUUAUGCCGCACAAUCUCUUUCUCCACUCAGCUUUAGUUCUCUCUAGGAAAAUUCCUCGUUCAGUAACCGGCAUCAAGGAAGCUUGUCGGUAUUACUUGAUAGAAAGCGGAUUAGCACUUAUGGUGGCAUUUCUCAUAAAUGUCUCUGUGAUAUCAGUGAGUGGUGCAGUUUGUAAUGCCUCAGAUUUGAGUCCAGAAGAUCGAGCAAGUUGCCAAGAUUUGGACUUAAACAAAGCUUCAUUUCUGCUACGGAACGUUGUGGGUAAAUGGAGCUCAAAGCUAUUUGCGAUUGCGUUGCUUGCUUCCGGUCAGAGUUCAACAAUAACAGGAACAUAUGCUGGACAAUACGUUAUGCAGGGGUUUCUUGACUUAAGACUAGAACCAUGGCUCAGAAACUUCCUAACAAGAUGCUUGGCUAUAAUCCCAAGUUUGAUCGUUUCUCUGAUAGGUGGCUCAGCUGGAGCCGGAAAGUUAAUCAUCAUUGCCUCGAUGAUCUUAUCCUUUGAACUCCCAUUUGCUUUAGUACCACUUCUCAAAUUCACAAGCAGCAAAACCAAAAUGGGCUCACACGCCAAUUCACUUGUGAUUUCAUCUGUGACUUGGAUCAUUGGUGGACUUAUUAUGGGUAUAAACAUUUUCUAUCUAGUAAGCAGCUUCAUCAAGCUACUUCUCCAUAGUCAAAUGAACCGUGUAGCCAUUGUCUUCUUAGGACUUCUUGGAUUCUCAGGCAUUGCCAUUUACUUAGCCGCCAUUGGUUACCUUGUUCUCCGUCAAAACAGAGAGUCCACACAUUUUCUAGCCUUCGGUAACUCUCAGACCGAGGAAACACUUCCUAGAGAAGACAUUGUGAACAUGCAGCUACCUAAUAGAGUAGCGGUUACAAGGGACUUAAAUUGAAGAAUUACAACAUUUCAGAUAGAAGAAACAAUGUUUACUUAU